GUACAGUACAGUACAGUACAGUACCUACGCUCUCCCAAGCGGCGGGAAACGAGCCUUGAGCCUCACUGCCGACCGCCUCUAUCCCUCCCUACGUAUACCUUAGCACGCAGGCACGCGCAGUGAAGAUCCAUCCAUAUGGCUUCUAUGCACCGCGCUACGAGUACUCGAAACGAGCACUCAUUACUGGCCCGUUACUCGAGUACGAAUACGCAGCGACAAUGAGCUUGGGAAUAGCCUAUCCGCAAUCAAAGAUCAAGCGGCAGCUUGCAUCUGCAUCAACAUCAACGUCAACGUCAACGUCAACGUCAACAAGAUCGUCAAGACCUGCGGCGGCUACUCUCCGCUGUCUCCCCAUCUUCUGACGCACCAACCUCGGCCUCUUUCGCCUUCAACGGCUUUUAGGUCUUCAUAAGCCUUCCCGACGUUCCAAAUGCGACUCCAGCGGAUAUUCAGGAACUCAAGGAGCUGAUUCCAGACCUUGAGACAUUUUCCAAGCGCGCUACUAGCUACCCUGUGCCAAGUUUGGAGCUUGAGAGUGAGAGUGAUAGUAAGGGUGCUCCGGAGAGGACCUAUCCCUUUCUGUUAACUUUCAACUACGUUUCUCUCCACCUCGGCAUCCCUAACGGCCAAAACGCGUCCGAAGAAGACCUCCCAGAAUUUAGCCAGGUCGUCGUUCAAACGAUGUCGUUCUUCCAAAAAGAGGCCGCCAAGCAACAAAAGCGUGGUCGUGGUCGUCCCCGUGCUUCGUCAGUGGUUGCUCGUCCCCGGGCCUCAUCGGUCGACAGCGUUGCCAGUGAUGAGUCCACCGAGUCUCAGGCUCGUAUGGCAAUUCACGGCACUGGUCCGCGUGCCAUCUACAGGGAGAACGCUGCCAUCAAGCCUAUCGCCCCGAACCUUGUUGACAAGUUUGAGACUUACCCGAGUUACCUGCUUGAGGAUGUCACCGUUGAAGUGCCACCUGGACUUUCCGCAACGGAAGCCGAUUAUGCCCGAAACGUCAUUCAUCAACUAGAGGACAAUCGUGCGUCUGAACUCAAAGUAACUGGUCUCUUAGUCGUUGAAGAGGCCCAAAGAUCUGAAUUGAUCAAAUACACUCAUGGAAAGCUUACCGAUCUCAACAGACAGUACAUUACCCUUGACAAUGUUCUUGCUUUCUCCAUUGGUCUUGCCGAAGACACUCGAGCUCCAGCUCUUUGGCUACUCUCUGAAACUGGAUACUUUGAGAUUCGUCCCAACCCAGGGUACCGCAUAGUCUUUUCAAAUAUGUGUAAGGCCAUCGGUUUGAAGUUCUUCACUGAGGAUUGGUACGAGGACCCCAAAUCUGCCCGAACCUGGAACAGUAAUGAUGACGAGAUCCUUGAGAUAUUAAGAGAGUUCACUGCCUUUCACAUUGGUGCCACGGACACGCAACAUCAGUGGAUUCUCCGCUGCAGAGAAUACAAGCAAUUCUUUCUCAACCAAUUCGAUAUUGCCGACAAUGCCACGGUUUUGCAAGGGAGUUCUAUCUAUCAGUGGUUCAAACAAGGAUGUCCUGAUCUUCAACCAAGCCUCGCAAUUCAGCCAUUUGGACCAGAGCCCGACGCUCCAUAUUUCUAUCCUGUUGCAGACAACUCCGACGAGGAAAGUGAUUUUGUAAAGGAUGAGAUUGAAGAGUAUAAUAAUAAAGAGGGAGGCCCUGAAGAACAUAACCUUGUAGGCAAUGACGGCAACAUUUUAAAUCCAUUUGAAGAAGAUUUCGCCACCCAAAUCAGCACCACGCUUAGCAUCGACUCGCCCUACCACGGCCCUUACAUCUCCAGAAAGUACCCCCGAGGAGCUCCAGCUAAUGCUUCAAUUCCUGUUCAUCUCGCCGCUUUGAUCUGCCAUAUGGUUGACAACGGAAGAUGCCAGGAGAAUGAAGACUGUUCUGUCAAAGCAAUUGGAACGGCCGUUUACAAGGACUUCAGUAUUCACGAGUACCGAACUUGCCAGAAGCUUCUUGGCUACUUUGGUCAUGAGAUUGUAGCUUUGUUGCCUGAUGCAUAUCGCAAAUAUUCAUUCUACGAGGAGCUGGCAAACGAUUCCACAAAGUCAACUGUUCAUAACGCGGAUCUUAAGCAGAAGACGAGUUCCACGAGCGUCGUCAACUUGUUUUUGGCUAUCAUCGAGGGUCGCAAGUCUUUCAUUCGCCGUAGUGAGAAGAACAGUACGUGGAAGGCUCAAAAUGUUUAUGCCAGGACACAUAGCAUGGCCCCUCCUCCACGCCCAAAGAUGAAUAAUCGCCGUAAAGCACCCACGGGUCUUGGAUCAGCUGCAUUCAGCGAGCAACAAGUAGCAAGUUCCGUCAACCCAGACAUCGAGAUGGAGAACGGCCAGUACACGUUCGGAGACUACAUGAGAGCCUAUCACGCGCGUUAUAGUACUCCAAAGUGGACCCCUGAACUUGAGCACUGCGUCACUCCAAGUAUGAGACAAAGAUUCCUUGCAACACUUACUGUGAGUUAUCUACAUCCUCCAAACAGCAAAGUCUUUCUCAUUGAAAUAUCACUAGGCUGAAGAACGCAGUAAAUAUUUGCAGGAGAGAAUUUUAACUUCUUACAAUGACAAGCUGGUUCGCGACGCUCAAAAGACACCCGAGCAGCUUGCACAGGAAGAGAAAGUAAAGCGCAUCAAGAAGAAGCGUCUAAGCACCCGGAUCAUUUGAACACUUGUAUCGAUUGGCUAAGCAUGGGAAGGGGCGCAUAUGGGAUGGUUGGUUGAUUGUACGAUUGAUCGAAGAUAUAUUUUUGGCGUUUGGGCAGCGUCAUCGCUCUUUCAUACAUUUUGGAUACAGAUCCAGCACAGGAAACGAUACCCAGGCUUUGAGGAUGAUAUGAUGACACGACAACAUGAAUGAAAUGGGAUGGAGGAUUCUUCUUCUGUUUCCAUCUUGGCCUUAUUUUUGCUUGAUCUGAUUGUGGCUAUAACACCUCCAUCGCUACCCCAAAGAGCUUCCCAUUGACAGCAGCCUUUCUCCUACUAAUAAUCUACAGGGAAGUCUCGAGGCCUUUAAAAUUUGAAGCAUUGAUUUGUCUUUUGGAGUAUCAUGCCCAUAACUGAAUGAAGAGUUGGAAGAGUCCGAAUGUCAGGGGAGCUGAGCCUAGCAGGUAUGGUUCCCGCCAGAUGGCGUCUGAGGUAGAAGUGGGGCGAGGUGGCAGAUGGGGGGUUGGGAUUGAGAUUGGAAAAGCAAUUUAGUUGGUCCGUUGACAUUAAUGGUUUUGGUCCAAGGACUGGGGAAGAGGGUAGAUGGGAUGGGAUGUACUAGGUGGGGUUAGGGUUAGGGAGGGACCAGGAGCAUGGAGUAAGUAAGUUUGAUAAGGGAUUUUUGGAGAACGUUUUCCUCCGGGGUUGUGGAAAACAAGACAUGCUUUGUGGUUCGCUGAGGACGUUCAAGGUGGUAAACUCUGAGGGAGAAGAAGGAAGUCGAUUUUUUUUUAUAGGCUAGCUGUGAGAGGAAGAGGAAAGGGAAUGGACAAAAGGGAGGGGGUUUCUCCCUUGAGAACAGCGUAGGACAAGCGAAAAACAUGUGUGGGACACGUAUGUGAGUAUCUUGUAUCCAUUUAUGUUAAUUGAUGACGCUGUAUCUGCGAUUCCUCACUCAGCUUCCUCAAUUUUGCUCGCUGAAGCAGUUGGGUUAUACCUAGGAUGGAAGUCAAGUACAUGAGACUUCUAUGGCAGUUGGGAGGUAUCGAGAUAUGUAUUAUAUACGUAUUAUUCCUCUUCGGUAUCUAUAGUGCAAAGAUCUUAAGUAGCACUCUCAAUCUUGCUAGAGGAAGUCCCGACGGGACAAACAGAGCAGACCAAAACACAACACAGCACAACAGAGCAACACAUGACCAAAAACUCCUCAGAUAAUUUGUUUUAUCUCGUAUCGGGACUCGGUACAACUGCGCUCGCUUUAGUACAACUGAAUAUCAGAGACAAGCCCCGCGCCACGGACCAAAACAAAUCCAAACAGUGACCGUUUCAAAACCCCGAUCCAGAAUCCUGUCAUCAAAUGCAUAGUGUUGCAAUUGGCUGGAAGCGAGGCAUACUACGGCGUCAUCGCAAUAUUGAGGAUCUGGAUUCGGAGGACUGAGAUUUUGGUUAUCUAGGCUGUACAGCAUGGGAAGCUUGAUGGAAGAUGAAAAGGAGGAUGAAGGGGGUUUGGAUAAGCGAAUAACACGUGAUGUGGCGAUUUUUCGCCAGGACGUGAUGUUGAAGGAACAGAAAAGCGGGAGGAAUGAACGCCACUACAGUUUGAAAGCGGGAUGGCCUGAUGACGAGGGGAGAAAUGAUCAGGCUGCAUGGCAGCGCAGCGCAUUGCAUAGCAUGGCACUACCGUCGUUGCAGAUAAGGGAGUUAAACAAACGCAGGCAGGCGGGGUUCCUCAUGUACACAGACAUAGGUAAUGCUCGAGCCAAACGCAAACCCACCCAGUGAGCCUCUUCUCCCAAGAACGCCUUGGAGAGUGCCAGAUAAAAGAAACCAACAAACAAAUGACUGGACUGAUAAGCAAGCAACGGAGGCAAGUGCCGAACCAACGAACAAUGAACCAACAAACAAGGCUGAAUUGCAAUCAACAAUCUAACAUGCACUGGCAGAAAAAAGGCGCUAAACUCAACUCAGGAGAUACCUGACCAACAAGUGCAAGGAUAACAGAAUGGCGACAGCAGACAGCGAACAGCGCGUCAGCGUCAAGCAAACCCUGCACUCGCGUCUGGAUAAUAUAAUUCGACAAGCUGCCAGCAAUCAGAUCUUGAGUACGAAGAUCGAAGGGGAAACGAGAAGAGGAAAUGGGAGGUAAGCGCUGUGAUGGGCGCCUGUAUGCUGUUUGGGAUGCGAGAUGGUUGGCUGGGAUUGGGAAGGUGUGGGUGGCAGUCUGGCAGAGCGUGGUAUUGGGCGGGCCUUGAGGGCGUGGCGUUUGGGAGGGCGGUUGGCGGCUAGGUGAGGGGAAGGAUGAGUGCGUGAUGAGCUGCGGAGGAUGAGAGGCUGUUGGAAGGAAUGGAUAGUGGCAUGUACUCUAGAUGUACGGCAUGGAAAGGACAGAAGCUGGAUGCAAAGCGAAAAGGGAAGGAAAAUAGUGGACGAGCACGUAAUUCUUUGGUAAAUAAUCAGAACCGCAAUGCCCGCAAUAGACGAAUCAAAAUACAUCAGACGAAAGAUGCAGCCAAUCGUGUGACUG